CAUUUCUUGUUUUAGCUAGCUAGCCAGCCUCGUUCUUCUGAAAAAUUGAAAACAAAAAUGGAAAGUAUGGUUUUCGAAGUUGCAUUAAAAGGAGAUGUAGAAAGCUUAAAGAGGCUAUUGGAUGAGUAUCCUCUGCUUCUGGAGGAAAGCAUGACUAGUGUGUACUCCUACACACCACUGCAUGUUGCAGCAAUGUUGGGGUACGAGGAUUUAACUCAUGAAAUCGUUAGGAGAAAGCCGGAGCUAGCCAAAGAGUUGAAUUCCAAGCAAUCAUCGCCUCUUCACCUCGCGGCUGCCAUGGGGCAUGCGGGUGUGGUUCGAGCUCUACUGGUAGCCGAUCGCGGGAUGUGUAAGGCUCGUGACAGAGAUGGGCUCACUCCCAUCCACCUUGCAGCUGUGAAAGGGAGAGUUGAGGUGUUGAAGGAGCUGAUGAUGAGUGAUGGUGAUGAUGAAAUUUGUAGCAGUAGUGAAAAAUUAUUAAGUGAGGUGAUGGCGAUGGAUGGUGAGAUUUUGGGAGAGAGCAUUUUGCACAUGUGUGUUAAGCAUGGGCAAUUGGAGGCUCUCAAGUUUGUUGUGGAGAAGAUAGGAGAGGACGCAGAUUUUGUGAAUUCUAAGGAUGCUUCUGGUAACACAGUUUUGCAUGUGGCUGUGGAGUAUAAACAAUUUGAGGCUGUGAAGUUUUUGGUCCAACAUCCAAGAAUACAAGUGAAGACUGAAAAUGGGAAACGGUUAACAGCUAUGGAAACUCUCUUUCAAACUAGAAAUAACAAUGGGAAUGAGAAAGAAAUUGCAGAAGUAAUUGCUCUGAGGGACAAAGAAUCAGAGAAUUACAAGAGAAAUAGAGAGAGUUGGGUUGAUGAAAUGCGUGAGGGGUUAAUGGUGGCAGCUUCAUUGCUGGCAACAAUGGCAUUUCAGGCCAUUGUUAGCCCCCCUGGCAGUGUAAUGCAGGAUACUAAACCUAUCAACCAAGCGUGGGUGAAUGAUAGUCGUUUAUUUUGGAUGUUUGGUAUAUCUUACAAGCUGGAUGAUGAUCCAGCACUGGCGCCUAGUCCUGAACCGGUGACAGGUUAUGUAGGAGAAUCUGUGAUGUCUUAUUACAAACCACUUGCAUAUGAAGUGUUCAUAGUGUAUAACACGUUGAGCUUUCUGGCAUCUCUCAGUGUCAUACUCUUACUCAUAAGUGGAUUACCCCUAUGGCAUAAAUUCUUUAUGUACGUAUUCAUGAUCGCAAUGUGGGUGGCAAUUCUCUCAGCGUUUAUGAGUUAUAUUAUGUGCCUGGAAAUGAUUACUUCCUGGAAUAAUCUGAAUACAGCUAAAUAUUUGACCACAAUCUGGGACCAUUUGUUUACAGCAGUUAUCGGGGUUAUUGUCGUUGGCCAUAUAAUUUUGGUGACAGUGAAGGUCAUAAAAUGGUUGCCAACAGCAUUUUUAAGAUUAAAGAGAAGGUUGUCCAAGAAGAAGAAGAAUUCUUCAAGUUCAAUGGAGCAUCAAGUUUAG